AUCGUCUCACCAUUUCUCGACAAUGUACCACCUCUUCAAGGGGCUGCAUACAUAUCUCACCCGCAAGGAUGAGUACUCCAUCGUCAUCAUCGGGCUAGACAAUGCCGGCAAGACGACAACGCUCGAGAAGAUCAAGACGCUGUACAACCCCACGCCCGGCAUGCCACCAGAUAAGAUCGGCCCGACGGUUGGGCAGAACAUCGGCAAAAUCUCCCUCCCCUCCACUACUAUGCACUUCUUCGAUCUCGGCGGCCAGCGCGAUAUCCGCUCCAUCUGGCCGCGAUACUAUGACGAAUGCCAUGCCGUCGUCUUUGUCCUCGAUGCGAGUGACCAAGCUCGUCUGAGUGAAACAUGGGAGGUGUUUGACGAAGUCCUCAACUCCCCGCGCCUCCUCAAUCUCCCCCUGCUCCUCCUCGCGAACAAGCAGGACAAAGACACGUCCCUCACAGUCGCAGAAGUCCGCGAGUCCUACGAUGCCUGGCAGCGCGCACGCACGCGCGUGCCCGACAGCCCGCAGUCUGGCGUGCUGGAAGAGGAGGACAAAGCGCAGCGCAUGGCAAGCCUCGACGUGCUCGGCGUGUCUGCGCUCGAGGGGACGGGGGUGCGCGAGGCGGUCAAUUGGCUGUAUAUCCGCGUGCAGAAUUCGCGACAAGUCGACGACGCGAGUAGGUUUUAGCAUGCAUGCGCCGAGGCGGGUGGGGGCGGCGCUGCCCAGGGAAGAUGUUGUACACAUUGGCUGGAUGGAGCUAGAGACGCGGCUCGCCACUGGCCAUACGAGAGGCCUGAGAUACAUAUGCAUUGCAACGCUGGCAUGCUGGUUGUGCGUGUGCCGCACACCGCCCGGUGGAGCCGAUCGUC